ACAAUGAGCGCUCAACAGCAAGGACAGCAGAUCGAUGUUACCACACUCUCGCCAUCAGAGCUGCUCGAAGUGCGCCAACAACUGAGCCAAGAGCUCGAGCACCUCACCGCCUCCUACGGUCAGCUUCGCAGCGUACAAGCGCGCUUCAAGUCAUGCAUAGAAGCCAUCGCCAAUCUCCCUCCCGCGUCUUCAGACUCUUCAGCCACUAGCCUCAUCCCUCUCACCUCAUCGCUCUACGUCCCCGCCCAGUUGACCGACCCAUCCCGCGUCCUCGUCGAUGUAGGCACAGGCUACUACCUCGAGCGGCCGGCAAAGGCGGCCAGCGAGAUGUACAAGAGGAAGAUUGCGUUCGUUGAGGAGAACCUUGGCAAGCUUCAGGGGACCAUUGAGAGGAAGCAAGAUAAUUUGAGGACGGUUGGGGAGAUUUUGCAAGUGAAGACUGCCCAAGCUCAACAGCAACAGCAGCAAGCAGCUGCGUAGUGGGUCGAUGCUGUCCCUGGACUCCUCGCCUCGAUUCAUCCUUCAUCAUCUUGUACUACCACCGAUUGCAUUGAAUCACAGCAUAUCCCCGACUUGCUCGUAUGCUGUGCUUGUUCGCGACUCUACGUUCGUCAAUUGUAGCCUUG